AUGGCAGCAGGCGACACUCAGAACGACUUCGCACGGUCCAUGGCCGAGAAGUUGAAGUACCUCAACCAGGAAAUCAUUGACAAGUACCCUCCUGACGAACCAGUCAGCAUCAUAAACUUGAUUGUACCAAGUCCCGGCAAAGAGGCCGAGGCGCAGGCCGCGAUGGCGGAAUACUGUACGGCUGUUGUUGAGAAGAAAGCUGGCUGUAUACAGUUCCAGCUGUCCAAGGCAGUUCGAUUUCCCGACGGUGCUUUCCAGUUUGUCCACCAUGAGAAGUAA